AUGCAGCUGUCUAGUUACCGAUUUUUCCAUCUAUUCCAUAAAUUGCGUAACCAUUACAAAUUUAAUGAGGUUUCUUUUGUGUAUUUGAAUCAUCACAAUUAUUGUCAACAAUCUAAAUCCUUCCAACCUCAUUUUAAUCUGAAUUUAUUUAACGAUGAAAAGUUCAUUGAAAAUCUACGUGCAAAUUUAACAGCUCGUAAAAGUAACUUAAAUCUUGAUCAUAUGCUGGAUCUUUACAGAAAUUACACUAAAACAAAACAUACGGAAACACAUGAUGAACUAAUGUCAUUAGUAUAUGAAUUACCAAAUUUUACUCAUCCACUUACUCCGAUUGGUGAUUCGUUCAAAGCACGUCAUAUAUAUAUUCAUGGAUCUAAACGUGAAGAGAGGUGGAAGCUUUUAGAUGUAGUCAAUAUAACUUCAGGUACACAUCAACCUGUAAUCAAUCAUCAUAAUACCAACUCUUCCAUAACUAUCAAUCCUGAAGGUCAUCUCCGUGUAAAAGAUACAACUCUAGGCGCUGGACACAAGACUUAUUAUUUUAGUGGACCAUUAGCACAAUUAGAGUCUGCACUUGUCGCAUAUACCGUGGAUCGUUUGAAAGCAACUGGUUUUGAAUUUGUAUCUGUACCCGAUAUUCUACCUGAACCUGUCAUCAGAGCUUGUGGUUUUCAACUCAAGGAAUUCGUUCUCAAAUUUAUAAAAUAA